AUGGGCCGCCGGUCCUCCUUGUGCUUGGCGGCGGUUGCGUGCUCCUGCUGCCUUGCGCUGCUGCUUGUGCUCCCGGCGGUUCCGGUGCAGGAGCGAGUUGGUCUUGGUCUGGCUGGUGGAUCAGGUGGCAGGGAUUAUCUGCUCCCUGAACCACGGUUUCGUGUCACAGAGCUUAACGUUGUGGUGGUUCAACGAACUGGCAUGCAGCCGGAGGAGCAGCAGCGCGGCAUGACGAUGAAGGCGACGAGGUCGUCGUGGUCGUCGACGCCUGCGGCGGGGUGGGUGAGGACGGAGCUGCGGUCGGUGCCGGGCGGGCCGGACCCGAUGCACCACCACCGCAGCCCGAGGCGGCCGGAGCAGGAGCGCGCCACCCCGUGA